CUAAGUAAUGUUGCAACAUAUUUUUUGUAAGUUAUCAAAAAUUAAUUAACUCCCACUCUCUACUCCACGGGCCAAUUCAGUGGUCACAGAAGCCACUGUCAUUCGUAAAAUUGAUAACUCCUACCCCGGUAACCCCUACCCACGUCAAUUGCACCCUGCAAAUUUAGUUUACUUUUGAGGUCAAAAUGUUUAACUUUAAAGUCAACUAUACUUGCGGGAUGCAAUUGACCUUGGUGGGAGAUGAGUAGGGGUUUAGAUAUAAAGUAAUGACACAUAUUCUAAUUAGUUGGCAGCAUAAGAUCAAACAAUUUCAAUGAACACCAGUGUAAAUUAUUCAAUUUUCAGAGCAUAAACCUAAAAUCACAAACUCCGUAAUAAAAUUGGAACCUGGAAUCAGGGAGGGCUAUUGACAAGGCGGCAGAUGUCUGCGGCUCAACGGGGACGGCGAUAUCGGACAUCUCAAAGACGGUGAAGGUCUGGUUCUGCUACGUCGCAGGCAACUGAUUGCAGCGAGAGGGCGUCGGCUGCGGAUGGCUCCGGUGAGGAAGAGGGCGACGGCUGCGGGAGAAAAGUACUGCGGAGUAUUUCUGAGUAGAUGGGAAUAAUCCCCCGUUAAUUAGAGGCGGAGUUAGUUUUCGACUUUUUGUAGCCAAUGAGUAGAGUUCUUAAUAAAGUAGAGAGAGGGACGUGGAAAUAAUUUCGUCUCAUCUGCAUCAAUGAGCUACUAGCUGGUUCUGAACGUCGUAAACUCCGUCCUGCGCAGCGAUCUUCAUCUGCACCGUCUGCGACCCCGCCGGCACCAAACGCUUCAAACCUAACCGGUAAAUUUGCUGUCCGAAGAUCUCAAAUGGCGGCGUGUAGUUUAGGGGCUUCAAGUCUUAAGAUAAGAAACCUGGAUUUCGGUUUUGGAGGGUCCAAAUUGAACAGAUUGCCUGGAAUCAAAACUAAGUCAUUGAUUGGAUUUGGUGGUCUCGUAACAGCCCCAAAUGCAAAGAAAUCAUUGCUCAGAUGGGGGUGUUUUGCUUCUAAUGCUCAAUCUAGUCCAAGGUUAGAUGAAAGUCUACAGAAGUUUAUUCUAUCUGAUGCAGCAAGUGCACCAAUUCAAAUUUCAGAUGAGGUUGAAUCGUUCCUCACGGAAUUAUGUGAUACAACCACAAUAGCAGAAGUUGAAUUAAAAGUUGGGGAUUUCAAGUUAUAUGUGAUGAGGAACUUAAAAAGUCAACCAUCAACUUCCCUUCCCCCACCAAUUCCUGCUCCUGAAGAUGGUUCUACAGCAGUUGAGUUGGCUAAUUCAAAUGGGUCAGCCCCAUCACCAUGUCUAUCCAUUGUUAAAGUGGAAUCAUCAGAUGAGGUUGGCACUUCGCUUGUUAAAGCUGCCGAUGAAGGGUUAGUGAUCAUCCGAUCCCCAAAGGUUGGCAUUUUUAAGCGAUCUAGGACUAUCAGGGGAAGACUUACUCGUCCAUCUUGUCAAGAGAAACAACAAGUGAAGGAGGGCCAAAUAAUAUGCUAUAUUGACCAAGCUAGUUGGGAGGUUCCUGUUGAGUGUACUGUGGCAGGAGAGGUUACAAAAAUACUGUUAAAAGAUGGAGAUUUUGUUGCAUAUGGUGAUCCCAUCAUGGAGAUCCUUCCUUCUUUCCAUGGCAUUUGAACAAUUGUGAUUGUAGAAGAAAGCUGUGUAUGUGUGGACUACAAGUGUUCAGGCAUGAAGUUUCUAAUGGCCCAAACCAAAAAAGGAUACAGUUCCUAUGUGUGAAAUAUGAAUUCUUGCUGCUUUUCCCCAGAUUUUGACUUAUGUUGCCUACUCAUAACAUGUAUUUUAUUUGUGUUCCAAUGUUUCUCAUUGGGUUUAUGAUGACACCCUAGUUUAACAUUUUUCUUCAAUGUGGAAUGCGUUUGCACGUUUUAUGUUCUUUCAUAUAUACCGUCUAGCCGGAUCUGAGCGGGCCUUUGGGGAUGGGCUAAUCCUUUAAGG